GCCACAAGGACAUGCAUGACGGCAUGACCGUGGCCGUCAAGAGCAUGACCGUCGGGGAGGUCGCCAGCUUCACUUUGGCGCCGUCGCGCAUGCGCGCCGAGGGGUCGCUGGCGGGCGCGCUGCCGAGCUGCGGCGGCCAGGCGUCGGUGUGGGAGGUCGCAUUCCUGAAGUUCGUGACCUGGGACGACGCCAGGAGGGACAGCUCCAGGCUGUUCAAGAUACAGGACGAGGGGUACGGCAAGUCUCCCGAGGCGCUCUCGGAGGUUCACGUGCACUGGCGCGUGGUGGGGCCGACUGGGGACACGGUACACUCCUCCAGGCACACGCUGAACGUCGGGGGCGCUGGGGGCCUCGAGAACGUCGAGGACGAGGACAAGGCGGCCCCCGUGUACAUCCUCGGCGAGACCAUGUGGGAGCCCCUGGCGGAGCUGUGCCGGAGGCUCCGGCAGGGCGGCGUGGGCGAGCUGCGCAUGCGCCAACUGCCGCCGCUCCCCGAGGAUGGCGGUGACGGCAGUGCUGCGUCGGCCAAGUUGAGCGCCAUGAUGAGCAAGGCGAGAACGGGCGACCGCCUACAGCACUGCGUCGUGCGGGCUGAGGUGGAGCGCGUCGUGUUGCCCUUGGCUGGACCAGACGACCCGCGGUGGGAGGGCAUCGAGGCGUUGGUCCAGGACCGCUUCCGCGGUGAGCAGCUGCUGUCGGCGGGGAACGAGGCGGCCGCGCUGGCGCGGUUGCAACGGGCGCGCUCCUGGGCGGAGAGGCUGGCGGCCGAGCCGCAGCUGGCCGCGGCGGCGGGCGAGGAGACUCUGCGCCGCCCGCUCGUCCAUCGGCUGGGCGCUGGCGUGCCGGGCGGCGCCCGUGCUGGACCUAGGCACCGUCACCUCCGAGGUCAUGAAGGCCGCGCGUCAGGACCUGGCCGAGGCGGAGGCCCACUGCGCCUUCCUCGAGGAGAGCCAACCAGACUCCCCGGGGACGCGGCUGUUGCGCGCCAAGAUCUUAGUGGCGCAGGACGACGACUUCGCGGGCGCCCACGCGCAGUUGCUGGUUGCGCAGCAGCGGGCGCCCGGCAGGACCCUCGCGUCCAGGAGGAGUUGAGGAAGGUCAAGGUGGAGCUCAGGAAGCAAGAGGAAGAGGUGGCCAAGGCGAAGGUGGUGGACCUCCGCGACCGCCUCAAGCGGGCGCGCACGGGCGAGGGCGGGGGCGGCGGGGACGCGGCCGUGGCGUCCCUGCUCGGGCAGCUCUCCGAGACCAAGGUGUCCUGGGACACCGUCAUGGACACCCGCAUCGGGGUGGAGCUCAAGAGCUGCCAGGAGCAGUGCGGUGCCGAGGUGCAGAGACUGUGCAGAGAGAUCCUUGGAAAGUUCAAGGACCAGUCCAAGGAGAGCAACGGCCGAUGUGGGAGGCGUGAGGCGGUCCGCGGCGAUCCCGGGCGCGCAAGUAAAGGCGCGCGGUUGCGCGGCCACUGGCCAUGGGCACCGUACCCGUCCUCGUCUUCGCACCCCACGUGCCCUCUCCCCUUCUGCCUCCGGCAUGUCGGCAGUCAGCACAGGCCUGCUUGCAUGGCCCAGAAGGCAGCACAGACACUGCGGGCACGCUGGUCUAAAAAUCGUUGGUCUAGGAUUCCUGCUUCUGUUGGCGUCUCCUCUUCUCAUCGCAGUUUUGUCUCUCCAAGUCUUUCUACCCAUACCAGUUAUCGAGCUCUCACAUUCUCUGUAUCGAGGCGGUUGCUAUGA